ACCUAAAAAUAAAGAAUAUGUAAAUUUUAAUAAUAAACAAAAAAAACUCCAAAUUCAACUGACAAAUAAUAUGAGCAACAAAUAAUAAAAUUAAGCAGAUUUUGAUCUGCACAUAAUUAUGGAAGCAGUUGUUUCUCAGUCUCUCUUCUAUGCAAAGAUUUCCAAGCCCUUAAACAGUUGCUCUACUUCUACUUCCAAUUUUCCUUCAUUUUUACAAUGUAAAACUUCUCUACUUGCUUAUCAAUCUGCUAAAAAUGUGGGAUUUAAGAGGCUAAAUUUACCACUCUUACAAAGAAAAGUUGGAAUUGUUUGUGCUGCUGAAGGUGCAACUUCCCCUGCUAAUGUUGCUCAGGGUUGGCUUCUUGACCCUGUAGGAGAUGGAGAUUGGAAGCACAUAGGCUUUAAGGUAGCAAUGCCAGGUGCAUAUGAAAUCUUUUCUAGUGAUGAAUUGGUUAUUGGACGUGCGCAAGAUAAAGCAGAUUUGGUCAUUCCUGUUGCCACAGUUUCUGGAUUGCAUGCUCGAAUACAAAACAAAGAGGGGAAUCUCUUAAUCACUGAUUUGGAUAGCACAAAUGGGACUUAUAUCAACGAAAAAAGAGUACCUCCCGGUGCUACUGCCGUUGCACCUCCAGGAAGCUUGCUCACAUUUGGGGAUAAUCAUCUUGCAAUAUUCCGGGUCCAGAAAAUUCAGAAAACUCUAGAAAAAGAAACAGAAACAGAAGAAUCUGAAGAUCAAAAAGUAGAAAAUGAAGGCACACAAGUGGCUGCUCAACCAGAAACUACAAGCUGAGUUCAGGGAUAUGUUAGUGGCAUUGUGGCACUCAACAAACAAAGCUUCGAUGUUAGCUAGUCCACCUUGUAUCCAGGAUUUCUGUUACUAGAUGUAACAAGUGCAUAUGAUUCUUCAAAAUUUUAUACUAAAGACCAAUAUAAAUUUUCUCCUGAUGA